CUUCUCCCUCACUCAAUCCCGUCCAACAGUCAUCCAACGCUCGAGCACCCUCCCUCGCUCCCCCCGCUCUUUCCUCCUCUCCCUCCCUCCUCCCUUCCCCUUCUUCCAUCUUCUCCCACUCUCUCUCUCUCUCUCUCCUCGAUCUCCUCUUAACCAUCGCUCCCAUCGCUCCCAUCGCUCCCAUCGCUCCCAUCGCCACUCUCAUCUCCAUCCACUCCAUUCUCCCGCCCCCGCGACACACCUCCUCUCACGCCCUUGUGCCAAGUCGCCACCCGCUAAACCAACAUUUCUUUCCAUUCUCUUCAUCCCCCAGUCUUCUCCAAACAGUCAUGGCCCACCCUCUUACGCAGCACCCUCCAACCGCGCUCUCGUUCGGCGCGCCCGCUUCGAUGCAUCCCCUCGGCUUCGGAUUCGGGCAGCCAUCGCAUCGCCCAGCGCACAUGAACAUGGGGAUUGGGUUUGGAUCGUCCGUCGUCUCGCCAGGCCCCUCGACGCCAUAUAAGCGGCCGCCCGUGCGCGCGUCUCCGGCUCCCACCUCAGGACCGAGCAACAAGCGCUCGCGGCGGCGUAGCGCGAGCCCCACUCCCUCUCCGACUAGCUCUCCGACCCUUUCCCGAGCUGACGAGCGCAAGAUCGCAGGCAAGGCGCCUAAGCGUGUGCGCAAGGAAAUUGCGACUGCGGCGCAGGCGGUGGACGGUCCCGACGUGGGUGUUCUUCUCGCGUCCAUGCCUUCCUCGUCUCACUUGGCAAUUUUAAUGGAGUUGCUCAACGACAAUCCUGCUUUGGGCGAGCGCGUGCUCAAGCGUCUGCCAGCGCCGCCUUUGGCCAACGUGCUUGAACUGCUCGAGCGCUCAGUCGCCAAGAUCAGCAAGACGGCCGGAAGCUGGGAGUCGCAGGAAGGCGUCGUCGCCCAGCGCCGCUGGCAUCGCACGGAGGAGCAUAUCCAGGCGUUUGAGAAGAGUGCCAGCACCUUCCUCAAGUUCUUCACCUCUGGCGCGACCGGCCCCGCCGAGCCCAACACGAUCUUCCAUCUCCUGCAUGCCCUGACAGCCCAUGUCCAGCAGCUCCUCGCGCUCGUGCCCUCGCCCAAUUCGCCUCCUCCCGCGGCCCGACCACUCCUCGACCUCGCCAACGCCCUCCUGACGGCUUGGAACCAGUGGGUCGGUGGCCUUAGCGACGAGGUCAACAACAGGGGAGGCAUGUACCCACACGGCAUGGUAUCUAGCUGGGCCGAUGGGCUGGCUAGCCUCGCGCGCACCCCGCCGCCGGCCCAGCAACAGGCCGCGCAGGUGUCGUGGGCGUUGGCGAUGAGCACGCCUGUUCAGGUGUCUGAAAGCGAACUCGUCCGCGGGUUCCGCGACGCAAUCAUCCCUGUGCGCGACAGCUUUGCCAACUCGCUUGGGUGGAUGAUUCGGUAGCCAGCAGUUGUAUGUCGAAAGGACAUUCGUAUCAAGACCGUUGAGAAGACCUCAAGAAGCCCUCAAGAAGAUCUCGAGAAUCCCCAAAGCAUCGCCAGAAUGACCUCUGGUCCGCGGCCCUCUUUCACAUCACCUCCUUCAUUCAUCAUUCUCCGUCUCACCCUACUCUUCCCAUCACGCUCUGUCUCCAUCCACCAGAAACCCGCAUCUAUCUCACGGGGCAACGCCCGCCGACCCCCAGCCAAGCCACCUUGUUGUGCCAUCACCAGAGCGUUAUAUAAAUGUGCCAUCCAUAUGCAAAGGACGUUCGUGUUUCCACCUCGGCGUAUGUUCCAUAC